AUGAAUGCCGGCAGCUCCGCCCAUGCAACCGCCGCCUCUUCAUCUUCCUCUCGGCGUUCAAACCGCUGGAAGUACGAGGUGUUCAUCAGCUUUAGAGGCAAGGACACACGCCUUACCUUCACAGACCACCUCUCCAUUGCGUUACGCAAUGCCGCAAUCUACACGUUUAUAGACUACCAGGUCAGAAGGGGGGAAAAUAUACAGAGCGAACUUGACCGAGAAAUCGAAGGGUCGAGGAUCGCCAUCGUUGUGUUCUCGAAGAGGUACGCUGAGUCCAGAUGGUGCUUGAGGGAGCUGUCGAAGAUCAUGAGGUGCCGAGAAGAUCAAGAGGGGAAAGUAGUCUAUCCAAUAUUCUACAAUGUUGAUCCUUCUGAAGUGAGGAAACAGAGUGGUAGUUUUGGGGAAGCAUUUCAGAAGCAUGAAAGGGAUGAAGACCCAAAUGAGGUCGAGCAGUGGAGAAAGGAUCUUAAGGCUUCUGCAGAUUUGGGUGGCCGGAAUCUUAAAACCACUGCGGACAGGCGUGAAGGAGUAUUUAUCCAGAAAGUUGUUGGGGACAUAAUCGGACUAAUAAAAACCAGCGACUCAAAAGAAGCCAAGCACUCAGUUGGAAUAGCUUUUCGCGUGGAAGAAUUCAGUACUAAAUACUUAGAUGUUGGAGGUUCACAUGAUGUUCAAAUAAUUGGAAUUUGGGGCAUGGGCGGCAUAGGUAAAACAACACUUGCGAGAACCAUCUGUAGCACACAUCAUCAUAGUUUCCGUGGUCAAUGUUACCUUGAAGAGGUGAGGAGUAAAAAGAAAAAUAUGGUUAGUUUGCAAGAACAACUUCUUCGAGAUAUUUUGAAACGGCGUGACAUUAAAAUAAGUAGCGUUGCCGAAGGGACCAAGGAGAUAGAGAAAAGACUUGGAAGCAUGAAGGUACUCAUCGUAGUUGAUGACAUAGAUGAUGCGGACCAAUUAGAUGAAUUGGCCAUAGAACAUGACUUGUUUGGUCCAGGAAGUAGGAUUAUUAUAAUAACAAGAGAUGAACAAGUGUUGAAUAUACAGAAGGUGGAUAAAAAAUAUAAGGCACAAACGAUGACGGAGGAAGAAGCUCUUGAACUCCUUAGUUGGCAUGCGUUUGGAAAUCAUUGUCCUGAUAAAGAAUAUAUUGAACUCGCAACAGAUGUUGUUGAUUAUUGUGGAGGAUUGCUGCUAGCUCUUAAAGUCGUAGGCUGUUUGUUGGCUACGAAAAAGAGUAAAAGCAUAUGGAAAAGUACAUUGGAUAAAUUGAGAAAUCUUCCACAUGGAAAAAUUCAUGAAACACUAAGAUUAAGCUAUGAUGGGCUAAGUGAUGAUCAUGUGAAAGGUGUGUUCCUUGACAUAUCUCAUUUCUUUAUUAACUGGAUUGGAACUCAUGUCAUGGCAAUAUUGGAUAGUUGCAGUCGCUGUUGUGUAGAAUCAGAAAUCCGAACUCUUCAAGAUCGAUGUCUUCUAGAUAUUGAUUCAGUAAUGUUUAGGAUGCAUGAUUUGAUCCGAGACAUGGGAAGAGAAAUUGUGCGGGCAGAAUAUGCUAUGGAACCUAGAAAACGUAGUCGAUUGUGGCAUCACGAAGAUGUAACAAGCGUGUUAAGAGACGAAUCUGGAACGGAAGCAAUUAGAGGGCUAACUUUAGUGUUGCCAGAAAAUUCUGAUGAGCAUCCCUUCCGCACAAAAGCGUUUAAGAAGAUGCGGUAUCUGAAAUUUCUCCAACUCAAUUAUGUAAAGCUCACAGGAAGCUACCGUCAUCUUUCCAACGAGUUAAGAUUUUUGUGUUGGCAUGGAUUUCCUCUAGAGGUCAUACCCGAAGAUUUUGAUUUACGAAACUUAGUUCUUAUUGACUUGAGCUACAGCAAGCUUGUCCGAGUUUGGGAGGAUUCCGAUCUGUUGCCGAAGAAGUUGAAGUUUCUUACGCUCGAUCAUUCCCGUAACCUGACUCAAUUACCAGACUUUUCAAAACUCCCACAUCUCGAGGAAUUGAGGCUCAAUGGCUGUAAGGGUGUGUCUGGGGGUUACCAUUUCUUUGCACAACUGAAGAUGCUUCAUGAUUUAGAUCUUAGAGACUGCAAUAUAACGGAUGAUGCUGUUCUUGAAAGCCUUCAGAGUCUACCUUCUUUAAGGACUUUAUUACUAGAUGGAAAUGGUUUUCAUAGGCUACCCAUCCUCAGUGGCCGUUCCCAGCUUGAAAUGUUAUAUCUAAAUCAUUGCACAAACCUUCAGGCAAUCCCAGAUUUGCCGAAGAGUUUGUUUUUACUGGAAGCAAAUUACUGCACUGAACUGGAAAUAAUGCCCGACCUUUCAGAGAUGUUGGAAAUGACUGAAUUGCAACUGAAAGACUGCCGCAAACUCAAAGAUAUUCCAAACCUGGAUAACUUCUUGUUCUACAUGCAUAGCCUUCAUAUGGAAGGGUGCACCAGUCUCACUGCUACUUUUAAGGAGAACAUCCUAUUGAAAUGGGAGGGGCAUGUAAUUGGUGAACUUUCUCUCUCUGUAAAUGAUAUUCCUUGCCGGUUACCCUAUGUCGCGCGAGCUGAUGAAACUGUCGAAAUUGAAGUGCCGACUACUUUUGAUUAUAUAGGAGGGUUGGCUGUGUGCAUCAUUUAUUCUUCGGACAACUCAGACUGUACUGGGUCCCUAUGCAUUCAUGUUGUUAAUCGUACCCAGCGAACAUGUUUUCACAUUUGGCCAAUGGUGACCACCGUAACUGCUUCCCAUGAAUGUUACCUUUGGUUGGGAAAUCUUGCAAACAAGAAGCUCAAUCUGAAAGGUGGCGACAAGGUUCGUGUGCAUGCAGACUUUAUAGAGGAUGAUCAUCAAAUUAAGGUGAAACAGAGGAUGAUCAUCAAAUUAAGGUGA